CCGCCGGAGAGAGAACAAAAACAAUCGGCAUCUCUUUAUCUCUCACACAGUAGAACAUAAACAAGGAGACUAAAUCCAUCUCGACUUCUCUGACGCUUUCACCGCCGUUAUCGACAUGGUCUCUCCGGUCACCGUGGUCAAGAGUGAAGGCCCCAAGCUGGUGCCAUUCUUCAAGGCAACCUGUGUUUAUUUUGUCCUGUGGUUGCCAACCUCAAGUCCAUCCUGGUUUAGCGCACUUAUCAAAUGUCUGCCCAUAUUUUGCCUGUGGGUGUUUCUCCUGGCGCACGGCUUCAGCUUCCUGGGGGCUCACGCCAGUGCCCGCAAGAUCCUGGCCGGCCUCAUCUUUUCCGCUCUGGGCGACGCCUUCCUCAUUUGGCAAGAGCAAGGCUACUUCGUCCACGGUCUUUUGAUGUUUGCCAUCACUCACAUCCUCUACUCCUCUGCCUUUGGGAUGAAGCCCAUCAAUGUGCGUGCAGGCCUGGUGAUAACGGGCGUGUCCAGUGCGAGCUACAUGCUUCUCUACCCUUACCUGUCCGGCCCCUUCACCUACCUGGUGGCCGUCUACAUUGGUCUGAUCGGCUUCAUGGCCUGGAGGGCAAUCGCAGGCCUGCAGCUCGCCAACGACUUGUGGACCUGGACCAAGCUGUCGGCCUGCCUGGGGGCCGUGCUCUUCAUGGUGUCCGACCUCACUAUAGCCGUUAAUAAGUUCUGCUUCCCCGUUCCCCACUCACGUGCCAUCAUCAUGGCGACGUAUUACGCCGCCCAGAUGCUGAUAGCCCUGUCGGCUGUGGAAUGCCAGGAUGCGGAGGUUGCCAGGAAGAGGAUAUGAGGGCCCCCUGACCAGGUCCUGACACAUACCCAAGCCUCAGCCCUCAUCUCCAUUGUUACCAUAGCAACCGGAGCACCAUGGCCAUGUUUGAUAGCCCCACCCUUUUGCGACAGUGUUAUCUUCAACCUCUCCCAGCAACAGUCCCAUCUACCUUUGGAUCUUCAAACGCCUAGUGACCAUGGGUGUGUGCACGGUAACGUUAACAUUCUCCCCAAAGUAUUAGGCCUCAUCCUUUUAUUUGUUUAAGGGGGAGCAUGUCACUGGGAACCUUUUAUGAAACGUGUGAGAGAGAGCAGAGGCAUGUGUGGAUUUAUGUGUUCGAUUCACGUACCUCACUUUUGAUGCGUCGCCCACAGACGCAAGACACUUAACUUGGUCCAUUCAAUUCAAUAUUUGUGAUGUUCUGCCAUUUUUUAUGUUUUCCGGCAAUGUUCAAAGUGGAACGAACCGGCCAACAACCAAGCAGAGUAGCAAUCGUGGUAUUGCUUUUGCUGUCUCAAAAAAGGGAUUUUAUUACAGGCUUUCCAACGUUCAGGAAUACCCUGCUCGACCGUCUCCCCCUGUAACUAGGGUGCUAUUCUUAAAGUUAGGAGCUGUCGUAUUAGCUUUAGUUCCUUCCAUCCCAAUUACAAACAACCAUUUGCUUGGUCUGCUAAUGAAGAUAGAAAGAGAAAUAAAGCAAGGAAGUAGGGAAAACAGACUACAUCAGCCAGUGUGCACUGAAGCUUUUGUGACUGAACAUAUCAUCAGCAGGAGAGUGGGUUGUUUGUGGAAGGUAGGCUUUUAUGAGUUUGCUCAGUCCAUGUCAUAGCGGAAGGUUCCUCUUACUCCUCUCUGAGAGAAAUACUUUAGGAAUUCAAACAGGUAGCAUUUUCUACCCAUUGCCAGCCUUGGACGUGUACAGAGUAAUCAUUGUAGAUGCUGAAGAAAUGUUGUUCACUAUGAGAGAAAGUCCAUGGUGUUCUUUAAACUGAUCAGGCAGUCCACGAUGUCAUUACGUGAAUGUUGACUGAAAAGAAAGUAUAUUGUUGAUCUAUUGUACUGUAUGUGUGUGUAUCUUAGGGGGUUUGGAUGGCAUUGGCUCAGUUGUGCUGAGGAAUUCAAACACGGCAACUGGCUUUUUUCUACUGCUUAGGCAAUGGCUUUGUUUUGAUUGCUGUUGUUUUGUUAGUAAACAGGCAUGGUAGAGAUCGUGAUUAAAGAGCAGAUGUAGACAUCAAAA